GACAACAAGUAAACUCACGCCUGAGUAGACAUGGCGGAGCUGCUGAAAAUAAGAAGUGAAGCAGAAGAGUUUCUAAAAGAGUACUUCCUCAGAAACAGCCAAGCUGAGGAGAACAGACAGAAGGAAAACCAGGCCGCCACACGGAUUCAGAGCUGGUUCAGAGCCUGCAAGGUGCGGGCUUACCUCAGCCAUCUGCACAAGAAGGCAAUCAUUAUACAGAAGAUAUGGCGGGGCUUCACUGCAAGGGCACGUUUCAGACAAAUGGUGAAGGCAGCAUAUUUUAUCAUGAAGAUGAAUUUCUACGAGGAGAUGGCGGUCAGGAUUCAGAGGAGAUGGAGAGGAUUCUUUGUGAGGAGGUAUAUCCAUAACUUCUAUGCACGCAAGAGCUAUCUGGAAGGACUCUCCAGGAAAAAUGAACUUGUCAGGAGGGAGCUGGAUGAAUUUGAGGAACUCCAGAAGAGAGAGAGAGACUGUCUGGAGAUGAUAAAAGAGCAGACAGCCAAGGUCUACCAAGCUCACCGCUUACACCACCUCCUCAGUACAAAGCAGUGCCCAGGGGUCUUUAACUCUCCAUUCAGGCCAUUCCCCCAUGAGACAGAGCUACUCCUGAGGCAGGUCAAGUACCAGGCCCCUACCAGACUGGCCCCCAGGGGCAGGGCUUGUCUCUUGGGCGUGCCUGACUCAACAGCGCCAAGUUUCCCAGGGAGUCUCAGAUCCCCACAGAUCAAAACCACCAGAAUCUGCUGCUCCUCCAGGCCCGUACUGCCCCCCAUAGCCAGCAAGAAACAGCAGAGUCUGAUCAGAGAGCCGGGGGAAGUGUGGGAGCAGCGUGUGCAUUGUCCUGACCUGACGUUGCGUCUGCAGACCUCUUACACACACCUGGAGGAAGCCCAGAAUCAGCUACGACAACACGAGUCCGUAAUACUCCACAAUGACACACUAGGAGCUGGAAGUAUGUUCCACCAUUUGAGCCAUAGCAGCAAUUCCUUUCCACAGCCAGCCUACACCAAGAGCUUCAGAUAGUAGAUUACACUAUGACUUCAAGAGGAGCCGUUCAAGACAGUGUUCACCACCUACAACGUCUUUGAUAAGUUAACUCGUGUGUUCUCCAAGGCAGGCAGCAUUGUGUGAUACACCUCCUCCAGGCCUUAGAAAAUGAAGAGAAGUACAAAUAAAGAAAGAUGGCUUAUUG